AUGCUCUGGCUGUUGGUCGCCGGUGGAGCCGCCUAUUUUCUGGUGCAGUUUCUCGUGAAACCGGAUCCGGUGAAGCUGUUGAAUAUCUACGGACAACCUGGAAAAUGGUAAAUAAACUGGUAACUCAACAGCUUCGAAGAAGAUUGUGCUCUUUUGAGGUAUUUUCUGAAAUUCAAUCUCAUGAGAUUCAUAAUUGAUCGUCGCCAAAAGAAGUCGAAGAGAGAGGCAUCGAAGAGCGAUGAAAAAGAGAAUUUGAUGAAUUCGCAAUGGGGAGGCGACGGCGGUGUGAGGGACAUUGACGAAAUGGAGAAGAAGCACGAUAUGGAGACGGUGAGGCUGCAUUCGGACCCUUCCGAUCUCUGCGAUUCAGGAGUGGUCGGCCGACGCCGUGUUCUUCGACGCUUCGAACCGGGACGGAUGGUAUUUCACUUUGGGCACCGCCCAGAGACCCAAUGACGUCAUCAACCUCUUCUUCAUUCUCACAAUCCCCGGCGUCGGAACUUUUGUGAACGAGGAACUGCACACCGAUACCAACGUCAAAGUAUUCCUUUUUGACGGGAUUCAACUUUAAAAAAAAAUUCAGAGCAUAAAUUCGUCUGAAAAAGAGUGGAGAACGGCCAGUGGAUUCGUCGUUUCUUGCGUCGAACCGAUGAAAAAAUGGAGGAUCCGGUUCGACGGAAAACUCGCUUCGUCGCCAGGAAAAACCAAUUUCAUUGUGAGAAAAGAAAGAGAAUAGUGUUCAGAUGAACAUAUUUCAGAAUAAUGGACCGGAAGAAAAGCAAGCAAAUGUGGAGGUGUUCGAUGCGAACAUUGACUUGACAUGGACCAAUUUCGGUCGGUUUUCCAUCAGAAUUUCAUCAAAAGAGCAGGGCUAGCAAUAGGCCAUAACAGACUAUUUGAGGCCGCCGGUCUCUUGGGCCACUUGCAAUUGCCCGAUAGGAUCCGGACAACUAUCAAUCCUGGAUUGGAAGACUGAUAGUUGUUGGGUCCGAUCGGAUGAUUGCAAGUGGUCAAGUACUCCGAAAACAGGGCUUUGCCAAGCCCUGCGCAAAACUGUCUUGCAGGCGGUCAAUUCGAUUUCGAUAAAAUGUGCUCUCCGACCGCAAUCGCGCAUUCUCUGGCCAUCGAGCCGUGGAGCCGCGGAUUGUUCGACAAAAUGAGAGCGUCGCAUCAGACGCACUACGAACAGUUCGGCACGUUGGCGGGAGACGUGAGAGUCGGAGGGAACGAGAGAAAAGGGAUCAGAAUGACGAGCAUGCGGGACCACACGAUUGCAGGACAUCGCAGGUGGUCGGACAUCAGAAGGUGGGAAGUGAUCGGGACGUUCCGGACUUGAUUCCGUUCAGAUACAUCAUGAUGAUCUACCAUUUGGAGGACGGCACUUGCAUCCACACCUCGGUCAUUUCGAUGCCGGAAACUGUCUUCAGCCAUCUCGAAUUCGGCUAUAUUGUCACUCCGUUCGCAUCUUUUUCUUUUCCCCAGUAAUCCCAUUCUUCCAGAAACGGAGAGACGAAGCCAGUCGACCGAGUCCAUUUUUCCCUUCCGAACCACGGAGAGGAUCGUCACUUCCCCGACGAUUUCCAUUAUUCAUUCGAAGUCGGCGGGAAGACUUUCCAUGCAGAUGUCCAUAUCAAAGAGGCAGUGUCUUUCAAAAUGGGAUUGGAACAGGCGUGUCAAGUGAAUGAGGGAAUGGCCGAGUUCGUUGUGGAUGGGAAGAAGGGGUGGGGAUUCGCCGAAAUGGAGUAUCGCAUUCAGCCCUAUUGA